GCGUCUAGACCUUGAGCUAAGAGACUGUGGAGAGGAAGGAAGACACAAAGAAGGAAGCCAUGCUGUGGAGAGCACUCGUCUACUGCCUCUUGAUCCUGGCCACCGCGGGGUCUCUGUGGGCACAUCCCACACACCUGGUAGAGAUGUCCUACUCCGGACCAGAGUCAGCAGCAGAAGAGGAUCGGUUAGUUGGCAGAGACAAACUGGACCUUACUGACGGUGCAUAUCUUUCCCUAGACGCUCCUGGCUAUGGUUAUUCCUCACUGUUCACUGGGGAGAUCAACAGAGAAGACUCCCUUCAGACAGCAGGGUUCGCCCCAGGCCAGGCUGUUAAAGAGGUCUUGCUGGAGAGGCCUGUGUUGAAUCCACUGAGUCGUUUCCUGGGCAGCAGAAGACAGUAUAGGAAACGGGGCAGCAACACAGAGUGUUUCUGGAAGUACUGCGUCUGACCGGGCAGCCGUGGAGGGAAGGAAAGCCACACAACUCCCAAACAUAGAUUUGACAAAUACAAACAGACAGCCAGAUAGAUAGAUAGAUAGAUAUAUAGAUAUAUAGAUAGAUAGAUAGAAUCGAGAUUAGUCAGAUAGCAUCGAGAUUAGUCAGACUUAGAUAGGUGGAUAGGCAGAUAAAUAAAGCUGUGCAUUUUUAUGCCAACUCACUUACACCAGAGACGUCAUAUAUACACAUCUUUUACAUACUGUGUGGUGCAGAUCUUUGUCCCCACAGUUAUCUGCAAUGCUGAGAUGUCUGCUAUCUUCCAACACUCAUUUAAUUCCUGUUCUCAGCUGUCAUUGUAAUAGCACAUAACACUGUGAAUCUAGAGCAAUCUGGUAAAAUACUCAAUCAGUGGAUUAUCGAAAUCAAUAGAAACUGAUUGCAAUGCCUUUAUUUUAUAUAAACUAUUAUUUACAAU